CAAAGGCAUCUAUCAAGUCCAUCCUCAGCGAGGCUGGACAUUGAAACUAUGCGUGACCACUGAGCCGGACCCUUGAAGAUUGAAUGGGCAUGUUUGGCACGGUACCUAUUUGUCUGAAUCCCCACCUUGUAGCAACAGGUUAGACACCUGGCCUCCCCCAAAUGUUCUUAUAGCGCUAGGCUUUGACUUUACUCCUCUCUCCGAUAUUUUCCCUCAUGCCUCCCACCAUGGUGGAGCACAACGGCCUGGACAUGUGCCUUAACAAGUACUGUCACAGUUCCUCCUCGUCGUCCAGCUCCGAGCAAGACAAGAAGAUGUUCAGCAAACUAAAACUCAGUUUGUCAGGGGAUUACCCGAGGAAGAACGCAGAGAUCCUCAGCGGCCAGUACGGGACCAACCUGCUGCUGAUCGGGGUGGCGUUGAUGCUGGCCAUCUCGCACCAUGGCCCCUCUGUCAAGGAAGAGCACCUGCUGUCCUUUGUCACAUGCCUCAUGAUCCUCCAGCUGAUCUGGAUGAUGUGGUACAUCCUGGUGCGGGAGAGACAGAAAAACACGCGGACAGAGAAAGAUGUCCACGCCACUACAUGCUGGAUAAGAGGUGGUUUGACUCUCCUUGCACUCCUUUCACUGAUCAUGGACGCUUUCCGAAUCGGGUAUUAUGUUGGCUAUCGGUCUUGUGUGUCUGCUGUGCUUGGGGUAUAUCCUGUCAUCCAUGCAACUCACACCAUUGCACAGGUGCAUUUUCUCUGGUUUCACAUCAAGGAUGUCAUCAAGAGCUUUGAAACAUUUGAGAGAUUUGGUGUAAUCCAUGCAGUCUUUACAAACCUCCUCCUGUGGUGCAACGGCGUCAUGUCAGAAGCCGAGCACUUCUUGAACAACCAUAAGAGAAGACUCUCGGCGCUGGGCUACGGAAACCUCACUAUAGUGCACUCUGAACCCCACUGUAACUGCACCACCAGCACUUGCUCCAUGUUCUCCAGCAGCCUCUUCUAUCUCUAUCCCUUCAACGUCGAGUAUCACAUCUUUGUCUCCGCCAUGCUCUUUGUCAUGUGGAAGAACAUUGGGCGGACCAUUGACCUCUCGUCGAACCGUAAGAGGCUGGCUACCAAAACCCAAGGCCUGACGGUUGGCCCCGUCCUGGGUCUUCUUGCACUGGCCAGCACUAUCGGGAUCCUGGUGGUCUACGUCACCCAUGUGGAGGAAUCCCUCAAGAUGCGCCAGUCAGCCAUUUCCAUGUUCUACAUUUAUGGCAUUGUCAUGCUGGUUUUCAUGUGCUCUGCUGGUGCUUCAGGUCUGAUAAUAUAUCGAGCUGAUCACGUGCCGCUCGACACCUCCAAGAACCCCUCCAGACAGCUGGACACGGAGCUGCUGUUCGGGUCCUCCAUCGGCUCCUGGCUCAUGUCCUGGUGCAGCAUAGUAGCCGUGUUAGGGGCCGACAGCAGCCCUCCUUACCGCUGGACCAACCUCAUAUACUCUCUGCUAAUUGUGCUGGAGAAGUACAUCCAGAACCUCUUUAUCGUGGAGUCCCUGUAUCGCAAGCAAGAGGAUGGCGAGAGGGAAGACCCCGAGUUACCAGCUUCUCCAGAAAUCUUCUCGGUGACGUCGUCUUUGGCCCCGCCGUACAACGGCAUCAUCAACCGGGCAUAUGUGACUCCAGACAGAAACUGCAGCACCAUGGAGAACGAGCAGGAGGAGAGCGGACAGGUGUACAGAUGUCCCAGGAAACCUUCCGAGGUGCCGCUGACCGUUGGAAACAAAGUAAAGGAGCCCACAAACAUAAAGAGGCAAAUCCUGAAAAACAUUGCUGUCUUCCUGAUUAUGUGCAAUAUUUCGCUGUGGAUCCUUCCUGCCUUUGGCUGCCGGCCACAGUACGACAACGGGUUGGAACAGGAGACGUUUGGCUUUAGCAUAUGGACCACAGUUCUCAAUUUCGCUAUUCCUUUGAACCUUUUCUACCGCAUGCACUCAGUCGCCUCCCUUUUCGAGGUGUUCCGCAGAGUCUGACAUAAUAGCAGACGGCUGACAACGCCAGAUAACAUGCACAUGAACACUUGUCACCACCGGCUCCCGAGAGUGUCUCCAAGCACAGGUCAGCCGUUCAGGAGGCGGUCUGUGUCACACUCCAACAGACUUGGCAAAAAAGCUAUGGAGACGAACAAAACUUAGAUCCCUCUGUGUGGGGAUUAAGGAGGAAGACGAACCUAUUAGCCCAUGUUCCUUGGAGAAUGACCUUGUAUAACACAAGGCUUAUUAAAAAUGGUGAUGAGAAGGACCUUUGGUUUUGAGAAUAGACCUUUGUACUUAUUUUUCUGUAGUCACAGUUCAGUAGGCUUUCCUCACUGGUUCAUUGUGUAAAAUGGAUAUGCUGUAACCGACACACACAUUUUGCAUUGUUUCAUGUUACUAGUAUUUAGUAGCUCACUGAAUACAACGGGUAAGAAACCCCUGUCACAAACAUCUAAUAGUACUGUAUGCAAGAGAGCCACAUGUGACCCCUACUCUAUCUGAACUGAAGUGUUCAUACUGUCUAUGGAUAUGGUUCUCAUUUCAUUCCCUUAGUAGUUCAAGUCAAAUGACGAACUAACACUUGAGCUGCAAAGGUAGCUGCAAUCUGAGCACUAUAUUUUGUAUUAUCUCUAUGAGUUGGACUACAGUUCUCGGACUCUCAGUUGUAUAAGGUUGAUCAAUGUCGCUCUGUUCUAUGAUCCUCUUCUGUCAAGUUGUGUUCAAAAUUACGUGUUUCGGCCUAGAUAACAGUUUUAGGUCAAAUAACAAAUCCACUGUCAAAGAAGAGAUUCACUUCAUGGCCCGAUGAUGUUAAAUAAAGGUGCCCCUAUGUUGUCAAAAGUGAAAAUCUUGUAUCUAAAUUGUUUGAGGAUUUUUACACAAUAUAAAAGAAUGAAGAGCUUGUAUGUUUACACCUCAAAGAGAAUCAAUAAAACCCACCCCAGUCUUUGACACUACUUUUUAAACAUAUAUACACAGAUAUACUGUAUACUUGUACUGUACCAUUUUUAUAUCCAAUCAAUGUAUACCUAGUCAGUUCUCAACCUGGUGCUAUCUCACUUUGUGCCAACUUAUGGUAAAAAACAUGUUUUUUUAAUUUAGGUGCAAAUCCAAUGUUAUAUAAUCUUUGUAAAUACUGUUGUGCUGAUCAAAAUCAUUCAGACACUGUGUUACGAGUUUUAUGAAAUUCUAAUGAAAUGGUGCUCAUAUGAAAUAAUGUGUACAAUAGUGAUGAGUGUAUAUGUUGAAAUA